CUCCUCCCCCCUUUCCCCAAGCAGCAGCCUGAAGAACGUCAGCAGUAAUUGUGUGCCUGGCUCGGCUGUGCAGGGAGGUGGAGGCAACAUUGAUAUCAAAUAAGGGUAUCAAACUGAGAUCUGAAUGUUCCGUUUAAGUUGUUGCUCAUUUUCAUUAGCCGUGCCAGCGGUGAAAAGCUUAUGACUUAAACAUCCUCUGUAAUAGGAACAUUUAUUUUUGAUGGAUUUAUGUUUUUCUUCUCCAUAAAGAACUGAAUUAGUGCUAUGGUGGUUAUAAAUGAAGGGGUUUUUUUUAUCCUCUUUUCAUUUUAUUAUUUACUAAUCAGACUUCAGCUCAGAGAGAUAAAAGAGAGAGGCUCUGUUGCCUAGAUGUAAGGCCUUUAAUGAGGAUGGGAGGCCCCAGGGAGCCGAAAUCCGAAGUAGAAUGAUGCUGCUUUCGGGUUUCUUGUCAUUUCUUCAGUGGCUUCUCCUCCCUUUUCCAAUGGGCCUAGUGAGCAGGAACUAUCCAAGGUGCUAGAACGCUGGCAGCUUUGCCGUUCAAUGCAGACGGAUUGCAGACACAGAGAAGAAAGAUUACUGCUUAUUUCAGAAGAAUAUAAUCAAAUGAGGCACCUUAGCCAGCCUGGGUGAUUGCUUCGAGUCUUGUAAUCAUCUGUGUAGCAAAGUGGGUAAAAUUAUUCAAUUUCUUCCCGGCUGGACCUGGAAGGAGAGGGGCUGUGUGUUCAUCCCCACCCAUUAGCUAUGCCCUCUUUUCUCUGAAUGUCGAUUUAAGGAAGCAAGCACCUGUCUUCUGCCACCGCAUCUUCCUAGCAAACUUUAAAGGCCAUUUUAUCUGAUAGGAAGACCAUCAAGAAUGCUCUGAUCUCUAGUGAUGAAGAAUCUGGGAGUGGACACUUUUCCCAUCCAGAUACAAUGCACUUUAACUGAAGAAACACUGAGCUGAACUACAAGUCUAUUUCUUAUGGUGCUGGAUUACUCCUACAGAACUGCCCUGAGAUCAGCCGCAAGAGAGGGCUCUGGCAGACCCAAGUCACCUUCUGAAUAUUGCACUUAGCUGUCCCUGGGGAUUUAAAUUUUGGAAGUGUUCCUUCUCACAUGAAAGCCGCCAGGAUGAUGAGUUCUAAUCCCGAGGAAAGCCCUUUGGACAGCUUUCUCCAGUAUAUUGAGGAUAUGGGGAUGAAGGCCUAUGAUGGCUUGGUUAUUCAGAAUGCAUCGGACAUUGCUCGAGAGAAUGAUCGCUUGAGAAACGAAACAAACCUGGCCUACCUGAAGGAGAAGAACGAAAAACGCCGAAGACAGGAGGAAGCAAUAAAACGCAUAGGCGGAGAAGUAGGGCGAGGCCACGAAGGAAGUUACGUGGGCAAACACUUCCGCAUGGGUUUCAUGACGAUGCCUGCUCCCCAGGACAGGCUGCCUCAUCCUUGCUCCAGCGGCUUUUCUGUGAGGUCGCAGUCGCUGCACUCGGUCGGGGGCACAGACGAUGACAGCAGCUGUGGCUCCCGGAGACAACCACCCCCCAAGCCCAAGCGGGACCCCAGCACCAAGCUCAGCACGUCAUCGGAGACAGUCAACAGCACGCCAGCCAGCAAGGGUGGGAAAGGGCCGGAGCGGACCGAAGUGUCAGCCAAACCAAGACCCCACAGUGAUGAAUAUUCGAAGAAGAUCCCUCCUCCAAAACCCAAACGGAAUCCGAACACUCAGCUCAGCACGUCUUUUGACGAAACAUACAUCAAAAAGCACGGGCCCAGGAGGACGUCACUCCCACGGGACUCUUCUCUCUCCCAGGUCGGCAGCCCCGCAGGGGACCCAGAAGAGGAGGAGCCUGUGUACAUCGAGAUGGUGGGGAACAUUCUCAGAGACUUCAGGAAGGACGAUGACGACCAGAGCGAGGCCGUCUACGAAGAAAUGAAAUACCCCAUUUUUGACGAUUUAGGCCAAGACUCCAAAUGCGACCUUGACCAUCACAGUUGUUCUUCGCAGUGUGCUACUCCCACGGUGCCUGACUUGGACUUCGCCAAGUCCUCAGUGCCAUGUACUCCAAAGGGUUUGCUCUGUGACAUCCCCCCGCCCUUUCCCAACCUGCUCUCUCACAGACCCCCGCUGCUGGUGUUCCCGCCAGCACCCGUGCAGUGCUCCCCCAACUCAGAUGAGUCUCCGCUCACUCCGCUGGAGGUCACAAAGCUGCCUGUGCUGGAAAACGUGUCUUAUAUGAAACAGCAGGCCGGGGCGUCGCCAUCCUCCUUGCCAUCUCAUGCCUCCGGCCACUCCAAACUGGAGAAAGACCAGGCUGGGGCCCUGGGACCUGUUCCUGCCGCCUCCGUGCUCUCCUCAUCCCCUCCCCCGCCUUCCACCCUGUACCGAACGCAGUCCCCCCACGGCUACCCCAAAAGUCACUCCGCCUCCCCAUCACCGGUCAGCAUGGGAAGGUCCCUGACCCCGCUCAGCCUCAAAAGGCCUCCGCCCUAUGAUGCUGUGCAUUCAGGCAGCCUCUCCAGGAGCUCUUCAUCAGUGCCUCACUCGACCACGAGACCGGUGUCGCAGGAUGGGAGUAAGAUGGUCAACGCCGCAGUGAACACCUACGGGUCAGCUCCGAGUGGCUCCAGGUCCAGAACACCCACGAGUCCUUUGGAAGAACUAACCAGCCUCUUUACCUCCGGACGCAGCCUGCUGAGGAAGUCAUCCAGCGGCCGUCGUUCUAAAGAACCUGCAGAGAAAUCAACAGAGGAGCUGAAAGUCCGGAGCCAUAGCACGGAGCCAAUACCAAAGUUGGACAGCAAAGAGAGAGGACAUCAUGGGGCAUCUUCCUCCAGAGAGCCUAUCAAAGCUCAGGAAUGGGAUGGAACGCCUGGACCACCAGUGGUCACCAGUAGAAUGGGAAGAUGCUCUGUGAGCCCCACCUUGCUGGCAGGAAACCACAGCUCAGAACCGAAGGUCAGCUGCAAACUCGGCCGGUCGGCAUCCACAUCAGGUGUGCCCCCUCCAUCAGUUACUCCUCUCAGGCAAGCCAGUGACCUGCAACAGAGCCAGGUGGCAUGCAUGCAGUGGUUUCAUGGAGACCAUACAAUGCUUGAGAUGAUUGAGAAAAAGCGUUGCUUGUGCAAAGAAAUAAAAGCUAGACAGAAAACGGAAAAGGGCCUUUGCAAACAGGAUAGCAUGCCUAUCCUACCCAGCUGGAAGAAGAAUGCAGGUGCAAAGAAGUACAGCCCUCCACCCUAUUCUAAACAACAAACGGUGUUCUGGGAUACCGCUAUAUGACCCUGUGCAGAAUGGCGUGAGCUCCACAUUGCUUAACACGAAGAGGGAGGUCGACUCGGUCACGUGAUAAGUAACUGUUACAUAUCUUCUCAGUCAGAAUGGAAUGCCAGCGCUUCCCUGGAAAACCCAUGGGAAGCUGUGCCUAUUAGCGGCAAGUUCAAGAUAAAAUGUGUAUUUCCUUGCAAUUAAGGCACACUUAUUUAUCACGGAUUAUUUUGAAUCCAGAAGAUAUUAAGAUGUAAAUAUUUUACUAGUUUAUGGGUAACACCUGAAAUGAUACACAUUAUACGUAUAUAAAUUACAGAAAUAUCAAGAGUUUUACUAUAUGAUACAAUUUCGGUAUUAACUGGUUUGUUAUCUCUUUUAUAUGUAAUCCCUUGAUGCCUUUUAUUCUUAAUUUUUGCAUUUAACUCUCCUUUCUGCCCACAUUUGGUUUCUGUACAUGAGAUCACACAUAAAUUAUGUUCAAUCACAUAUUAUAUGAUCUGGUGCUAGGAAUGUAGAGGUUGAAUAUCAUAUUUGUUAAGUACAUCUGUUGCUUUGUAAGUUUUUAAGUGUUUGACAGGAGGGAAAUGAAUGCAAAUGUGACAUGGAAGUUGGAUGUCCGCUUUAUAUCAACACCAAUGUUUUGGCUACAUUGGCUUUAUAAGAGUUUCUCUUCAGUAUCAUCUUUUUUAUACUAAGCAAUGGUUAGUCAGACUCAAGAGAACAUUGUUAGAAUAUACUGGGACAUCCCAGCAAAAAACAUUUCUUUCAGAAAUGACUUUAGGGACAUGUGUCCUUGCAUCGUUGAUGUGGUUGGAGGAGACCAGGGUUCACUGUGACAAUGGAAGGAACAAGGAAUUAAAGGCUAAACAGCAUGACUGCUUACAAGAAGUUGGGACUAGUGGCAUUAGAGCCACAGCAAUCACUUUUUAAGUAACUUUUCAUGUGUUUGUUUGUUUCCCCUGGAAAAUGAUCAAUAACCAUUCAACCAGAUGAGUUUACAUAUUUCAGUACACUAAAUGCCAAACUCCUCAAAAUUUAGGUCCAUCAAUGGACUAGUAUUUCAUGUUAAUUUUUCAAACUAGUUAUCACCAUGUUUUUGGGUUUUAAUCUUCUGUGCAUGUUCAUUACACCCAUUCUUCCUAAUUAUGAUACCAUGACCAAAGAAUUACAACCAACUGUUUAUUUUAUUUUGGUUUCAAGGAGGAAACAGGAAAUGCGGGGGAUGGGAGAUGGGGUGAAUUCAAUUUUAAGUGGUGGAAAAAUUUAAGUUAAACAAAUUAUAUAUAUCUUUUAAGAGUAACUUGUUAGUUGAAUAUAGAUAUCCCCAUGGAUGAAUAAAAAGGAAACUAUCACAUAUAUUUUGUAUAUUUAAAUGACUAUUUAUGCUUCCUAAAAUUGACAGUAUGGGAUUCUUCUUUAACAAUCAAUUUAGUAUUAUAUUUCUGAGAGAAAAGGUAUGUGUUUGAAGUUAUUGUCAUAGUGGUUUUCCUUGUAAGGGUUUUGACAGCAAUAGAAGAGUGCUGCUCAGUAUAACCAAAUAUAACAGAAGGUAGGGAAUUUUUGUAAUCUAUAUUGCUACAGACCUAGUGAUGCUUUACCAGUAAUAGUUUCUUUCAAGCUUUUGAAAUGUUAUAAAAUAAUUUUUUAGUAUUUUAUAAUUAAUGUAUAUUUUGAUGUCCAACUAGAAUUCUGAAAGAAUAAGGAAAAUAAGGUAAGUGGGAGCAUGUGUAUCUGUUAUGUAUGUGUGUGAAUGAGUACUCGGUGGGAGAACUGUAUACCUAAAAUGCUUAUUGAAGUUUUAGGUUUUGCUUGUAUAACUGAGAUGGUUAAAAACAAAACAAAACAAAACAAAAAACAAAACAGCAGAGUCACAAGUACAGGAAAUCAUGCAGAGAUCUUAAGUAGCUUCAAUAAGUCCUGCUGCCAUGUUUCAUCAGUUAUAGAUUAUGUUUCAAACCCAACGAUCAAUGGAGUACAAAUCUAAGAGGUACGAACACAUGUUAAGGUAAAAACAAAAUUGAAUUAAAUUUGUUGAUGAUCCAUGGUGUCAUCCUGGUUUAAGUCAUUAUGACCACAUAUGCUCAAGGCAAUGAAUCAGACAGAAAUAAACCAUCAAUUCUCAGCAUCUUUGUGAUGAUCUUGAUAUCAGGCUCAGUAUGAUAAUGAUUGGAUAAUUCCCUUGAAAUUGAUAUUUCGGUUGCAUAUGCAAGUGUAUUUUUUAAAUGCUGAUCUUUCCCAUGUCACUCUGAAUUAUGCAGAAGAUUUUUUUAAUGAUGGCUACCGAUAAAGAAGGAAACAGAGUUACUAAAAUGAUUUGUGUUGGAUUCAGCCAUUUCCACCGGUACUGCCAAUCUCAUGAUGUUGCCAGUUUUCAUCGGCUCCUUUUUUUAAGAGUUAUUUUCUGAGAAGGGAGCUUGUUCAAAAAUCUGAGUUUCGGCAACCAUUUCCACUCGAUUUCUCCGAAUCUUGCCUUCAAUGGGAAGUCAUUGAAAGAACUGGAAAAAUGGCUUCAUUAAUAUUUGACUCAAGAAAUGGUAUCCUGUGCCUAUGCAACUGUCUAUGGUGGCUUAGCCUAUGUGGCAAUAGCCAUUCUAUAAUUAGUUGCCUCUUUGUGUAGUGUUUCCUUAUGUGGAGAAAAAGAGGUCCCUGGGACAGAGACAAAAAUAAGCUUACUCUCUGCUGGCCGCCAAUCAGGAUACUUCAAUUUGAAUUUCGUCAGAUGAUAAAAUUUCCACCUAGAACACUGUGGAAUUUUGAUAAAGUUCACCUUUUCUAGCAGUGCCAAAGGACAAACCAAAUCAUGGCAUGGUUAUCAGGUUGAAAGGGCUCAUACCUAUAAAAAAAAAUUAUCUUUUCACAGCAAAUUUUACAGAAACAGGAUUUUAUUGGCUAUCAGAAGAUGCUUUUCUAUGGGAAAACCUCCUUAGAGAGACAAAGUUCUUUAGAAUUGAUGGUGUAGGUUGCAGAUGCGGCUCGGAUCCCGCGUUGCUGUGGCUUUGGCAUAGGCUGGCAGCUACAGCUCCGAUUAGACCCCUAGCCUGGGAAACUCCAUAUGCCGUGGGAGUGGCCCAAGAAAUGGCAAAAACACACACAAAAAAAGAAUUGAUGGAAGGGAAAAAUCUAAUCCUGCAUUUCUGUCUGAUCGCAGAAGCCAGCACCUUCUACGGUAUAACAGCAGUUCUCUGCAUUAGCAUUGACAACCUUUCCUUGUGUUUAGGCUGGUGAAGCAAGUUUGGAGUGAAAAAUGAUUGAUUUGUGUAAAGGUUCAUGUCCACCUAUAAAAAAAGAGUGGUGAAAGUGAAGCAAAAUACUAAGAGGUUAAAAUCGGUCGUUUUAAAUAAUAUACACAUUCAAAUACAUGGUAAUUGUCCGGAUAUAACCAGAUACAACCUCACUUUUCAAAAUAAGGACUCUGAGACUUCGGAAAUCCCCAGGUUCCAAACAGUUUUCUUUGAAUGCUCCCGGAGAGUAGAAAAAGGUUUCUCUUACUGCGUUUUGGCUUAGGCCUCAUCCUUACUUACCAUGUGGUUUGAGUUUUAUGAGUGAGUUUGGUGAUCAAAUUGCUAAAACGAAACACCUCUUUUGUUUUAUUGUUUUCAUUAAAUAAGACAUCAGAACAGUGCACAUACAAGGCAAUUUCAACAUUACCUGGAGGUUAAGGUGAAUCCCUUGCCGGAAGUAAGAAAAAGCUUGUAAGCUAAAUAUGGCUACCCAAGAAAUGAAGAAAAAAAAAUUCCCAUGAUUUAUGUAGGAGAAGGUUAUCCAAGAUAAUUCACUCUAACAAAGGACAGAAUUCACAAUUCAUUAUGUUCCAAAUGUAAAUGAAAAUGAAAAAAAAAAUGGCACCUGCAUAUUCAAGAUUAACUCAUUAAAUCUUCCUUGUGUGGGAAACUAGAGAGCUAACUCUAGAAUGUAAACAGUUAAUCCAUCACUCCUUUAACAGUUCAUUAUUGAGCAGCUUAUGUAUCAGUUAUUUAAAAGCAUUUCUGAAGCAACUGGCAUUAAGCCUUCAGAAAGAUGUGGCCCCUGCCUUCAAGGAACUUUAUUAUGCAAUCACUAAUAUUUUCAAAACAAAGCCAGUUGUUUUUAAGAAGGUAUACAAUACCACAUGUGUUUCACAUCUCUUUGUGUUUAUAUAUGGUAUUCUCUUUUUUUUUUUCAGAUCAAGUGUAUAGUCAAAAUAAGAUAUGAAAACAUAUUAAAGUGGAUGUCUAAGUAUAAAAUAUGUUUCUGUGUAAACCUCUAUAUGUACUCAUAGGAUAUGUACUGCUGUCUAUGUAAAUCAGUAAAAGGAUAACCCAUUUUGCCAUGUGGAACUUGAACAGUAUGGCUUGGGGUUUGGAUUCAUUGAAAACCCUUUGAUAUUUGGGUCAAUUACAUUGUCGCCAAAUGUGUGUCAUCUGGGAAAAACUAUAUGAUUAUAUUUCCCUUUAAAUAUUACAAAGUUUCAAGUUUAAGGGGAAAACCUCUACAGAAAUAUCGUUGGCUGUAUCUUGACCAGCCCUAUCUGAAAAUCUUUUUGAAGUUUUCCGUGGUUCCCAAAUAUGACUGGGUUUGCCCACCCUAAAAGCAUCCGCAUUUACACAUGUACACACUCACAUACAGUAUACAUACUGUAUAUAAUAUAUAUGAAAAUGUUUAGUAUGCACUUCCUUUGUUUGGAAUUCCUUCGGUUAACAUUUAUAGUGUAGCAAUUUGUGUAAAGUGCACUGUGAUUAUAACAAAAAAAGAAAGCACAGUAAAGUCACAGGUCUUGUUAUCUUGCACUAAAAAUGUGUUUACGUAUUUAGCAAUUGUAUGUUUACUUUCUUGCUCUUUUCAAGAAAUUGAAACAAAUAGCUAUUGAGAAACUGAUAUCAAAUAAUAUGUUUUUUAGUGGAUAAUGGCACUACGUUUUUAAAAGACAGGGUUUUUAAAAGAAACCAUUUAACAUCCAUUCCAGCGUAACAUGUUUACCGUAUCUAAAAAUCUGAAUGUCAUAUUGCAUUUUUUCAUAACUCAUUAAAAAUGUCAGGUAUGUGCCUGAAAAGUUGUGCAAAUAAGCAUUAGAUAACAGAUUUCUCUAUUCACGUGUUGUUAGCCAUUUCUAUAUACAUAAUAAUAUAAACACUGAUGUUUUAAUUUCUUUUAAUUUUUGUACUUGAUUUUUUUAGGUAAUAUGUAAUUAUAAAUGUACUUUGAUACUACUGAAAGUAACCAGAUGUUGUUUGAAAACAGAUUGUUUUCUUUAGUGCAUUGGCGAUAUUUUGCAAUACUUUUGUGCUUAUUUAUUUGUGCUCCCGUGUAAUUAUAAUAAAAGCAAUAGUUUAAAGUA